AUGAAGAUCGACGAGCAGAUAUCACAGCUGCUGUUGCAAGAAGAAUGCGGCAGCCGACGGAAACUAACUUUGAUCUUAGUUGUUGGCGAUGGACCGCGUAACCAUAUCGAACAUGGGUUAUCAAGUGAGUCCGGUAAGUUGUCUUCUGUCGCAGCAGUUGCUGCAAGCCGAGCAGACGUUGACGUGCUUUUCCUCAGCAAAUUGCAGUACUUGUUCAUGUAUCUGAUGAAAUUCGAAGCGGAGGAGGCACUAACCGCAAUCAGAUACAAUUAUUUUGUGAUAUAUGGCCUCGAUCAAGGCAUUCUCUCCGCUGCAACCACUGGCGAACAAUCAUUGGGCGACAGGUUGAGAGUAGCGAAUCUCAUUUGUAAUGCAGCCUUCAGAAUCAAGCGCAAACACGGCUUGUUAGACGUAAGGUUGAUCCCCUGGGAUGACCAGAGCGACACGGCUGAGAGACUAGCCAGGAUCGAGAGGUACUGGAGACACAUUUGCUAG